GCGAUCACCUUGUAAUCAUAAAGCUGAAAACCAAAAGCAAGUAUAAGUAGUAAAGUAGCGAUGAAGGCUAUUACGGAGACGCACACCUCUAGUUUCCAUUGAAGUCUACUCUCCAUCUCCAAGCUUUAUAUAACCAUGAAUGAUGAAGUAGAAAACACUGGGAAGGUGAUCUGCAAAUACAUUGCACGCAUAAUUGUAUCUGUAGUCGUCAUGUUCAUCCUCCUAUGGACCAUCUAUAUUGGUUACGAUUUUGCAACCAAACCGCAUAGAGAUGGAAAGUAUAAUCGUUACGCCUUGUCAAUAGGAGCUGCGACAAUUGUGCUAGGUACAACUUUUGUUACUAUUGGGUUAGCAAUAGUAGCUGAUUUGGUUCUAAAUUUAAAAAGUCGGCAGCAGCGAGAGGAGAAGAGAAUCGAAAUCCAGCAAGAUGGAGCAGCAAGAAGGUAUACGAAGAGAAUUGCUCGCUUCGUUCUGACUGUGAUCUCAAUGUUGCUGCUAACGUGGGCGAUUUACGCUGGAAUUAGGCUUGCGACAGCACCCAGACAAGACGGCAAAAUUGAUUACUUAGCUUUCCCAGUUGGGGUUGUCACUAUUGCCUUCGGAACCAUAUAUUUUAUCAUUGGACUAUCAAUAGUUGCAGACUUGGCUGUAAAUUUGUCAAGCGUACUGAAGCGGCAUGAGGACAAGAAGAAGCAAGAAGAAGAUAUUCACAAUAGUUGCCAUGACGACAAUAACAACUAGAUUAAUGUUUGAGAUAUUCCAAUACUGUAUAUAACAUCAACAGAUUUUGCGUAAAGCAUCAACAGCUUAAUCAAAAUGAGCGGUCUGCUUCAAAUUGAAGGUCUCACAACGAAGAGAUAAACUGAACUCACCAUACCUUCGAAAUAGCUACAAGCGAUCAAGCUGCCCCAACUAUAAACAGCAUUACAACUGCUUUGCAUGGGUGGAUUAUCAACUCACACACACACAGAGAUCUAAAUAACACGUGCAUAUUUUGUUAACAGCAAUGCAAAACGUAAGCACAGAGCAUAAGGCACAAACUUGUGAUAUAGCGUUUGUAAUUGCCGAAUUUGCAUGGCCCUAUAAAUAAAAUGUACUCCAAUUUAAAUUGACAUGUUCUUCAUUUUGAAACAAGAACCCACGGUGCCAUGUAGGAUAGUACAACAUGUCGGCUGAAUAUGAUCCUUGAAAUUCCCGACAUCACAAGCACCAACA